AUUGCCCAACCUAAUCAAGAUAUUGGAAGAGCAGCAGAGUCAAGGUAUAAUUCCACUGAAAAAGAAUCUGAUACUAGAUCUUUUCCGAAGAACAAGAAUCUGGGUAAUGAGGAUGUGACACUAUCUUAUUCGCAAGAGGCUGCAAAUAAUAAUCCUGGGCCUGUGACUGGCCCAGCUCGAAUAAAUGAUGUAUUCUGGGAACAAUUCCUUACUGAAAGACCUGGUUCUUCAGAUAAUGAAGAGGCAAGUUCUUGUUAUAGGGCAAAUCCACAGGAAGAGCAAGAAGAUAGAAGGCCGGGCCAAGGAAUAUCCAGAAAUACUAAGAAUAUAGAACAGCUUACUCUUUGAGCACCGAAGUCAAUAAACCCUGUGGAAGUUUGCAAAAGGUUAUUCUAGUUAUUUUCACCAAUUUUUGGCAAGACAUAUGAUUAAUCUGACAUAGAACAUCUGUUUUCUAAAAGAGCUUAUCAAAUGCAUAUGGUUUCUUGUGGAUGCAG